AACAAUUCAUCUUGAAGGCAGAUCGCAUUCGACCAGGUCUAAAAGUGUGACAUGGCUUCUUCCAGUGUGUGCUCAAAAGUAAAAACGACAAGAGGCAAGAUGUGAUUCCACAAACAUUAAUACUCAUCCUGUAAUUUCAUGAAUCCCUAACUGGUUAUUUGAACGUUUCGUCGUUUGAUUUUCAAUAAACUCUCCAAAAAGAAGGACGGCAGAUUCUUCGUGCCGAGUAGUUUUUGGUCACACCUCUGAGCCGCGUUUUCCAAAGCUUUAUAAGCGAACAUUUUGGUUUUGUCCACCACCUCUCCGUCCACCAACAAAACUCAAGUCGCUGUCAUAUCCUAUUCUCCGAUAUUUCAUCAUGGCAGCCCAACAUCGCAUUGAGCAAAUCUCUACACACCUGACAAUCCGACCGGGUACCAUGUUUGGUAGCCCUGUUGGACAGAAAUCUGGAGAAGACAUUGUCGUGGUCUCUGCUCUCCGUACUGCCAUCACUCGGGCCAAAAAGGGUGGAUUCAAGGACACACUUCCGGAAGAGCUCCUGUACCACGUCCUAAAGGCUACAUUGGAUAAGACAGGCAUCGAUCCCGCUAUCGUUGAGGACAUUCAAGUGGGCAAUGUAUUGCCAGAAAUGGGUGGUGCAAAGGCUGCAAGGAUGGCUCAGCUUCAUGCUGGGUUCCCAGUAACGUCGUCCAUUGCUACGACAAACAGACAAUGUGCAAGUGGAUUGCAAGCUGUUGCGGGCAUUGCUAGUGCGAUAAAGAGUGGGAUCAUUGAGGUUGGGAUUGGAGCGGGUGUGGAAAGUAUGACGCAUGGGUAUGGUCCAACGGGUACGGUGUUGAGUACCGAAAGCGAAUUGCUAUGUCAGACGCCUGAAGCCAAGGACUGCCUGUUGCCCAUGGGGAUCACUUCAGAAAACGUUGCUCAAAAGUUCAAUGUCACUCGAGAAGCACAGGACCGCUGGGCAGCUCAAUCUCAGAGCCGUGCUGCAGCAGCUCAAAAAGGAGGCCUUUUCGACAAGGAAAUCAUACCAGUAACCACCACAAUCAUUGAUCCGACGACCAAAGAAAAGCGUUCCAUCACUGUAACAAAGGACGAUGGUGUUCGCGAAAACACAACGGUGCAAGUUCUCGGGAAACUGAAACCAUCCUUCAAGCCGACUGGCAGUACGACUGCUGGUAACGCCUCCCAGGUCUCUGACGGCGCUGCAGCAGUUUUAUUAAUGAAACGCAGCAAAGCACAGGCUCUCAACCUGCCAAUCAUGGGCAAGCUCGUCUCCUUUGCCACGGUCGGUGUCCCACCAAAUGUAAUGGGUAUCGGUCCUGCCUAUGCAAUUCCCGUUGCCCUUCAAAGGGCAGGAAUUACCAAGGAUCAGGUUGACGUUUUUGAAAUCAACGAGGCCUUUGCAUCUCAACUAGUUUAUUCUGUGGAAUACUUGGGAUUGAAUCAUGACAAGGUCAAUCCCAAAGGUGGGGCCAUUGCUUUGGGACAUCCGCUUGGAUGCACUGGAGCAAGAUUGGUUGCAACCUUGUUAACGGAGCUGGAAAGAAGGAAGCAAAAGAUUGGUGUAGUUAGCAUGUGUAUGGGAACAGGCAUGGGUGCUGCUGCUGUUUUCGAAAGCGAAUAAAAACAAAAAGUCCGUCGAAAGUGUUCUAAAACACUCAAAGGCGGAACUCAUUGCGCCACAUCAUUUGUGUAAAUGGGGAAGUAUUGUAAUGUAACCAAAUAUGGAAGUUCAAGACCGCUUGUCAAAAAUGCGAAAAGUUUCCAAAAAGC